CCAUCCAGCUCUCCCUCAUAACAUUUUAUUUUUUAAUUUUAUGUAUUUACUCAAAUGAAUACUAUAUGGUUAUAUUGAUAUUCUUCUACCCAUUUAUGCAACCACAUGCUCCUUGCUACGUUGGCAGCACACACUUCCGAUCCACUCAAAGUUUGUUUCACUUCUUCUCUUAACCCAUAAACAAAAAUGUUAAAAAUUGCAUAGUAUAAAAAUCCUUCACUAAUCACCCUCUCCCUUUCCCAUAUCUUCGGGAGCCUAGAUCUUACCCAAAGCAAAUGGCUCAUCUAAUGUACUUGCGUUAUAGAAAGGUACUCCUACUCUCUCUUCUUUUAUUUUUAUUUCUUUUUGCUUCUCUUUGCUCUUGUUCUUGGUGGUCCGAACCUCAACUCCAGAGCAACACACACUUGUCUAUCCAUAGAAGAAGAAUGCUAGAAGAAGAGGUUCAAAAAGAACACCAAAAUGAGAAGAAAACCAACACCCAAUCCACCAAACUAAUCAAACCCAAUAGUUCCACUUCCACCUCCAAAAACCAAACCAAAACCCUCAAAUCUAGUAGUAACCUUAAUUCCUCCAAAAACCAAACCAAAACCAUCAAAUCUAAUAACCUUAAUUCCUCCAAAAACCAAACCAAAAUCAUCAAAUCUAGUAGUAACCUUAAUUCUCCCAAAAACCAAACCAAAAUCAUAAAAACCAAUAAAAAUUCCACUAAAACCGUUAAAUCCGGUAACCUUAAUCACUCCAAAAAUGCAUCAUCUAAACUCACACCAUCCAACACUACCCUCAAGAAGCUGAAUUCCACCACCACCACCACAAAGUUCAAGAAGCUAAACUCAACAUCAACCAAAAACACAUUAGAUCUCGUGAAAGCAAGUAACAAAACUACAAAAGCCACCACCGACAAAAACCAAAUAAAAACACAAACUCACGAGACAAACAAAAAACCAAAGAAACAAGCACCGCCUAGUCAUACAUUGGAAGAACAAGAAGAAGAUGAAGAUGAUGAUUUUGUUUCACUUUCAGAGUUCAAAGAUCUACCAAACAGAUUUCACCGCACACUACUUCCAGACCUAGAAAGAAUCUCAACAACCUCAAAAGCUUACAUCACAGAAGCCAACUACCAAAUGACAAAAGGAUUCAAACCCUACGUAGGCAAAAAAUAUGCACCAACCAUAGCCACCUUAGUUUCUUCUAUUUUCGUAUUAAUCCCUCUACUGUUAGUCUCUCUCCUAUGCAACAAAAUCAAAACAUAUUUCUCACUUCAAAAAAUCUUAAUCUUCAUCCAAAUUUACCUCUCACUCUACUUCACCACUCUCUGCAUUUCAACGUUAAUUACUGGAGUUGAACCAUUGAAGUUUCUAUUCACUACUUCACAAUCCACGUAUAUAUGCUUUCAAGUACUUCAAACUCUUGGUUACGUUUUUUAUCUACUGUUACUUGUCAUGUACCUUGUUCUUGUCUUUUCCACUGAAUGUGGGCUUGGGUCGAAGUUUUUGAGCCUGGGUCAGAUUUUCGUGGGUUUUUCAAUUGGCCUUCAUUACUACGUAACGGUGUUUCAUAAGGUGGUGUUGCGGCAACCGCCGAAGAGUAAUUGGAAAAUUCACGGGAUUUAUGCCACAUGUUUUCUGUUGAUUUGUUUGUUUGCGGGGGCUGAUAGAAGGAAAAAGGCUUACGUGGAAAAUGAUGGAGAAGAGGGCAAGAAGAAUUGAAGUAAAUGUAAUUUUUAAUUUUGUUUUUCUCUGUUAUAAUUUCAUACUAUUUUAUUCAAUCUUAAAAGCACCAGACUAAGCAUGUCUAUAAACAUUAGUACUUCAAUGCCUCCUGAUUUGGCUCAAA